ACACAAGGCCGAGGAGACGCAACGUCGCCCCCCAGACCACCGAGACCACCACCACAGACGACGACCGUCAACAACAACGGCGGCGCGGAGGCCAGGCAUGCGUACGUGGAGGGCCCCUCCGCCGACGAAGGCCCUGCCCCGGACACGGCCACCGAGCCGAGCACGGAUGCGAGCACGGAGCCGGGGCCCAGAGCCGACGGAGGCCCCCCCCCUCCGAGGAGACGCAGGAGUCCUCCUCUACCUCCACCUCGUCGUCCUCGUCGUCCGCCGCAGGAGAGCCGAGCACCUUCCGGCCCCCCCCCCCGGCGGACCACAGCGGCAGCACCUCGGGGUGGUUCCUCCCCGCAGUCGGGGGACUCGGACAGCUCCGGCGCCAAGGCCAAGGCGCGCUGCCGGGACCACGACGACCCGGACGCCGCCCCCGUGGGCCCACCCCCGCAAGAGGAAGAUGCCCAGGGCGUUGCCCUCGCAGAGCGGGGCUCCGCCCCGCCCCCGGGGAGGGAGACCGGUCAGCAGCAGCAGCAGCUGCAGCACCAGUCGCUGGCGGCCAUUGUGGACUCGGUGAAGCUGGAGGAGAUCGAGCCCUACCAGACGGAGCGGGCCAACCCCUACUACGAGUACCUGCACAUCCGCCGCAAGAUCGAGGAGAAGCGCAAGGUGCUGUGCAGCGUCACGCCGCAGCCGCCGCAGUACUACGACGAGUACGUCACCUUCAACGGCUCCUACCUGCUGGACGGGAACCCGCUCAGCAAGCUGUGCAUCCCCAUGAUUACUCCCCCGCCGUCGUUACCUGAGCCGCUGAAGGAGAUGUUUAAACAACAGGAGGUGAUGCGGAUGAAGCUCCGCCUGCAGCACAGCAUCGAGAGGGAAAAACUCAUCGUUUCCAAUGAACAGGAAGUUUUAAGGGUCCAUUACCGGGCCGCAAGAACACUAGCCAACCAGACGCUCCCGUUCAGUGCCUGUACCGUCCUACUGGAUGCAGAAGUGUACAAUAUGCCUCAAGACGUCCAGACUGACGACGGCAAAACCUCGGUGAGAGAUCGAUUCAACGCCCGUCAGUUCAUGUCCUGGCUGCAAGACGUGGACGAUAAGUUUGACAAACUGAAGACGUGCCUGCUGAUGCGGCAGCAGCACGAGGCGGCGGCGCUGAACGCGGUGCAGCGGCUGGAGUGGCAGCUGAAGCUGCAGGAGCUGGACCUCGCCACCUACAAGUCCACCAGCAUCUUCGAGAUCCCCGAGUUCUACAUCCCCCUGGUGGAGGUCAACGACGACUUCGACCUCACGCCCAUAUGAGAGUGUGGAGCGGAGGGGGGAGGGGGGGCUCUCUCUCUCUCCCUCUCUAACGGCAGACGCAGUGUUGUUUUCCGUCUCCUGUUCCCCCACCUUCCCCCCCCCCAUCCACCCACCCGUCACAGGAAGCUCAACGCUGACGUGUCCAGAGGACGGGUCACGUGGGGAGAACGCGGACCCCGUGGGGGAGGCUGGGAUCACAUGGGUGAGGACGGAUGGGAUCCAUGGGGGAGGACAGAUCAGACUGGGGACGGAUGGGAUCCGGUGGGUGAGGACGGAUGUGAUGGGUCUAGCGGGGGUGGGGGGCAGAAGAGCAGCCUGGCCGAGCACUUAACGGCCACGGGUAUGAACGCCAGAGAGCACUUAAGAAACGGUUUGCAUCCAUUGAAAAAAAUAAAAAAGGAGGAGAUAAUAACAAGCAUGCUCUGAUAGAGUAGGGGGGGGGGGGGGUGAGGCGCUAUUUGUACAGGAUGCAGGACUGACUAACCUGAGAAGCCCCCCACCGACCAGGCCUUUGAUGGAAGUCCAUGCCUCUAAGUGUAGCCCACUACGGUCCAAAGGCUGGCCCAUGACGCUAGCUUCGCUACGCUAGGCCGAGCCGGCUGAGCUAUGCUGGAUUGUGCCAUGCUUUGCUAUGCUAGGUUGAGCUAUGCUAUGCUUGGCCGUGCUAUGCUAGGCUGGCCUGGGCUGGGCCGGGUCAUGCUAUAUUAUGAUAGGUGUCUGCUUUUCUCGACACAGAAGCGGGCAGUACACCGAUGUCCCCGCCUGCUACCGCUCUCCGCCAUGCUGGCUCUCGCGCGACUAAAAGAUUUCCAAUCUUCUUUUGGUUCGGCUUCGCCUCAUUUCACAAACUGUGUUCUUACAUUUGUGUACAGACUGUGUGCUCUUAUUGUUUUUUAACUUAUUUUAUACAUACAGAUUGUGCAUUUGUAAAUAGCCAUGUAAUUAUCGUUUUAAACGUGUUAAAAAAAAGAACACGCAAAAAACAAAAAAGGUAAUGGAUAUUUUGAUUGUAAAACUUUGUUCUGUCUCAUGUUUCAAUGGACCAAAGUUGGCUUUUUCUAUGGAGUGUCCUUGUUGCUGUUGUCUGAACCCAUUACGCAUGUGUUGUCGGGUUUUCUGUUUUCCCUCCGCCUCCGCUUCCUUUAUCCCUGGCGCUCUGGACCACCAAGACCCUUGGAUUCUUUUAUUUUGUUGACCUCUGCUUAUUACAGUGCUGUGCAUGCGUUACGUUGUUAAAUCUCUUCCUGAAGAGCUGUACUGUAGACUAAAUAGUGAGGUUAUACUGAAGUGUUGCAGCUUUCCUUUUGUGCUGUUGUGUUUUAUGUCACUGCAGCCUCGGUUCCUUGUGUGUUGUCCCUUGUGUCUUGCGCACAUUAAAAAAAAAAGAACGAAAAGAAAGUUUGUUGUGGCUUAAGCGGAAUAGAAACAUACUUUUACAGUUUCAAUGUGAGAUCACAACAAAUCCUAUUUUUUCAACAUAAUGCCUUUUUGAACGAUAGUUCUAAAAAUGUCUAUUUUAAUAUUUACUUGUUACAAGACAUGUACAUAUUUGUAAUAUAUAAUUGAAUAAAUUUUAUUGGUUGUGAAAUCAAA